AUGAUCGGCAGCAUUCCAUCAAUUAGAAGACAUGUAAAAAAUGUGGCCUGUAAUUAUUCGGACGCGCAAGUGAAAGUAAGAGCGAAUUCUUUUCCUUUCUUUUUUUCUGUUUUUUUAUAUUGCGAAUCAGCUACUUUUUUACCUUACUUGUCGUUUAAGGUGCGGGAGGCGACCAGCAACGAUCCAUGGGGGCCGUCCAGCAGCAUCAUGUCGGAAAUCGCGGACAUGACAUUCAAUACGAUGGCAUUUUCAGAGGUGAUGCAGAUGAUUUGGAAGCGUUUGAACGAUCACGGUAAAAACUGGAGACACGUGUACAAAAGUCUGGUGCUGCUUGACUAUUUAAUUAAAUUGGGCAGCGAAAAAGUGGCUCAACAGUGCCGCGAAAAUAUUUACGCCAUACAGACGCUGAAGGAUUUCCAGCACAUAGAAGAUAAUAAAGAUCAAGGUAUCAACGUUCGCGAAAAGGCCAAGCAACUGGUCGCCAUACUCAGAGACGAAGAACGACUGAAAACAGAGCGCAGCAAAGCUUUGUCCGCUCGUAAGCGGUUCACUCAGAAUGGAAUGGCUAUCAGCUCUGACGGAUCAUCUUACGCGCCCAGAGUGAUGGACAGACAUCGGAAAGAACUAGAAGAAUGUCGGCCUUCUUCUAUUGGCGAAGAAGAACUGCAGUUACAGAUAGCACUGGCUAUCAGCAAAGAGGAGGCACAAAAGGAAGAAGAAAUGAAGCGCGGCGACGAUGUCCGGCUGCGAAUGGCUCUGAACAAAAGUCGAACGGAAUACGCGCAUUCCAGUACCGAAAACGACGACUUUCAUCUGCCGGCUGCGUCCAAAACUAGUGCCCUGGAUGACCUUUUAUCAUUACAAUCGAAUAUCUCGCAGAGUAGCGCUGAACCGUCGCACAAGGCACAUGAGAAUUCGGACAUUUGGGGUGGCAGCGGCAGUCCGUUUCCUGACACAGGUCUGACGAAUGAUCCCUGGACUGCUGUCACUCCCACUCCUGCACAACCGCAGACAGACCCAUGGGGUGGUCACAACGGCCUCCCUCCUAUAACGCAGCUUCACUCGACGCAGACUGAUAUUUCUACUAAUGGUGAGAAGACGGACAGUAGCGAUGUGCAGGCGUCUCAAUCUGCUCGCUUAGGAAGCGCCGUAUCUGGAGGUCUUCAGCCAGUCACUGAUCCAUGGCUCAACGAUGGUAUAUCCGCUGCGACUACCAACGAAAGUUCCACGCGAAGAAUGAAGACGCCUGAAACCUUCCUUGGUGAAAAUUCGUCUCUGGUGAAUUUGGACAACUUGGUCGGGCCUUCGAAGCCAAUUAUUCCUGGGAUGCCGCCGCAAUUUGCAACCGGUCGCGGCAACCCAUUCUUGACCGACAACGGCAAGAACCCAUUUGUCUCGCAGCAACGACCGAGUCCGACGUUGAACGAGAUGAAGGCGGCUGCCGUCGCCGGUACCACGACGACGGCGACUUGGCGAAGUUCGCAGAGCGACGUACGCAGUGCCUGGGAUUUGCAGCAGCCGUUACAGCCUCAACGGCCGGCAUCUACCAACCCAUUUCUUUAG